UUUCAGCAUCAACUCGAUCGAGAGAGACGAGAGAUGGCAUUUGGAGUUCGCUUGUGUUUGUGUCUCCUGCUUGUCUUUGCUGUAAUAUCUUCAGCUCGAAACACCAUUUCAUUCUCAGAUAACGAAAUGGCCUUGGCUAUAAAGGGGAGGUCCUUGAAGAUUACACUGAACGAUUACGGUGACCCAAUAGCAAACCGUGGGCACGAUCCUUCACAAAGAAACAAGAAUUGGGGUGGCAGCGGCGGUGGCCGUAAAGGCUGAGAGAUUCUGUGAUGCUUUCUUUAUCUAAUAAUAUUUUGCAUACUAACCUAAAUAUAUAUUGAAUAAAUAACACCAGCUCACGUUUUGUACUUCAAGGUAGCUGAUUUAAUACUCAUUUGCCAGCCAAACAUGUAUUCUCUAAGGCGCCUUAAUUAGCUUCUUAAUUAAUAAUCGUCAUCUUCAUCUUUCUUAAUUUCAAGUUGCUGUGUGGCAUGUCAAGUGCAUAUAUAGCUUUAGCAUGGGUUCACGUUCUUCAGUGCGGUAAA